GCAGCUCUUUCGCUUUCCUAAAGAUCCUGAGAGACGUUCUGUUUGGAUGUCGAGGAUUGGACAGACAUUAUGGUAUCCUGGAGUCUCCAGCUACAUUUGUGAGAAUCAUUUUGAUGCAUCACAGUGGGAAAAAGUACGUGCAGAUGGGUCCAGAGUGCUACGAUCUUCUGCAAUACCUUUGGCUAUAGAAAAUAAUGAAAACAUCUCUCUUACAAUGCAUGACCAUCGAUAUGUUAUUGACGUACAUCAGCGUCAUCCCUUUCGAGAUCUCACUACACAAUUGAACCGCUUACCUCAUGAUCAUGGCUGUACCUCAAUUCAAUAUGAGCCAUCAGAAUCCAUUCAAGUUAAAGAAAGCCAAAUAAUAGCCAAAACAAAUAACAUUGUAAUAGAAGGUGUGCCAUAUCAGGAUAAAAACCAAGAGCUUUCUUUUACUUCUUCUCAUGACCUCUCUGUUAUGGACUUUCCAAAGGAAAUUAGUCAUGAACUUUCUGCACCUUGCAUUGCAGACCAUAGUACCGAUGAUUUCAACCGAUUAACUAUUUUGGCCGAUAUCUGUGCUGCUUCUGAACCCAUUCAUAUACCUCCAUCUACUGCAAGUCCAUCAUCAAUAAUAAUUAAAGAAUUACAAGUUCAGUUGAAAAAACAAGAGGAAGAAAUAAAAACCUUACAACAUAACAAUAAGCGUCUGACUACCAUAGGAAAACAAAUAACAAAAAAAUUCCAUACUGUUAAGUCUAUUUAUGAAAAAUAUAAGUGUAGAUUGUGGCGCUUAAAACAGAAGAAUGCAAAGUCUCUUGACUUAACAUCAAGGUUACGUGCUGACCAGAUUGCAUCUCUAAAAAGGCAGUCUAUUCGUGGUCGAUUUAAUUGGAGUCCAGAAACUGUCAAGGAUGCCCUUGUGUUUAAGAUGAAAUGGGGUACUACAAAUUUUUGUGAUUUUGUGAAUUAUCUACCCAUCUUUCCAUCAGUUAGGACCCUACAAAGAACGGUAGAACAUAUUUGGUUUGAAAGUGGCAUCUUAGAUGAGGUCUUCGACAUGCUCAAAUGUGCAGUAAAAAAUAUGUCUGAAAAUGAAAGAGAUUGUAUGAUUGUUGCAGACGAAAUGGCAAUUAAAGCUGGAUUAGUGUUUGAUCCUUCAACUAAAAAAAUGAUAGGAAAUUGCACCUUUCCUUCUCAUGUUGCACCAGCUAAAAAGGUCCUUGUCAUCAUGUGUGGAGGAAUUAGUAGACGAUGGAAAGUUGCUGUGGCUUAUUUUUUUACUGGGAAGGAAGGACCCAAAAUAAUGGAUAAAAAGUCUAGCAGUGGCAGUGUCUUCAAGGAUAUAAUACUGAAAGUCAUAGACAAGUGUGAAAAAAUAGGGCUGAAAGUUCACUCAAUUACAACUGACAUGGGGUGUGAAAAUCGAGCCAUGUGGAAUAUGUUUGGUAUUGGUUGCACACGUGAAUCUGAUGCUGUAGUCAGCAUACAGCAUCCAGUUAGAACAGAGGAUAGAUUUUACUUUAUACCGGAUCCAGUACACUUAUUCAAAAAUAUCUUAACUAUGCUUGAAAGCAACAAAAUUAUUUAUCUUCCUUAUGACUUUCUUGUUUCUGAGAAAUUAACGGAUCCAGUAGUUAAUAUCCAACAUAUAGAUGAUGUGUUAGAGUUCGAAUUACAAUUUGAAAUAAAAAUAGCUUACAGAUUAAAGAAGACUAAGGUUCAUUGUCGAAAUUCAUACGAAAAGAUGAAAGUUGGAACGGCCCGGUCAGUCUUCAAUCGACGAACCGAGAUUGCGCUGAGAAAAUAUGCUGAACGUACUGGUAAAGACGCUUAUAGGACCACUGCUUCUUUUAUUAGAUUAGUGAGCCAUUGGUUUGAUAUAAUGUCAAACAGAUCAUCGAAGCUGGCUCUUGGUCUGUUGAACAAGAAAGCAUAUGAAGAAACAAUGGACCACAUCAAGAAAACUGCUUAUGUAUUUCGUUUUAUGAUAGUAGGCACUGAUGGGCACUGGAAGCCUUGUCAAACAGGCGUUAUCAUGGCAUGCGCAAGCAUCAUUGGCUUGCAAGAUUAUUUUUUGUGCAAGCGUUGCUACAAGUUUAUACUUACUGGUCGGUUUUGUCAGUGUUGUAUUGAAAACCUUUUUUCUGCCCUGAGAGUGAAACAACCCAUUCCAAACCCUCUCCAAGUAAAACAAAAUUUAAAGGUUUUGGUGCUGAGCCAGGUCUGUAUUAAUGCUAAGAAUAGCAGCUACGAUAAUGAUACGUAUGAUGAAGGUGUUGAGGAUAUAAGAAUAGAUUUUAUGAAAUUUUCUAGAAAUAUAGCUAUAGCACGACGUGAAGAAAAUGUUAUUGAAGAAUUGAUGGAAUCAUCUGCUUUAGCAUUGCCUCAACUAAAAGAUCAUCACAUAAACAUAUUAGAUUCUUGGGAGUUGCAGAUCUUAUAUGACAUGGCAGGGUCAGUUGUUCAUAGUAUAAAAAUAAGUAGCACGACAGUUUGUGAUGUGUGUCUCAAUUCCGUCCUAUGGCAGGGGAGCGACCGCCAUCCUUAUUCCCUCGUAACUGAAAUGAGAAAUUACAAACACAAGAACCUCGUGGAAGUUUCCGAUGAAUGCUUCAAAGCAAUCGUAAAAUCAGAAAUAACAUUCAAAGAAAUACGGCAUGAUUUGUGUGAAGCUAAAAUUAACAUGAUAGAUUUCUUAGUAAAGCAAAUGGAAUAUGUAUGGGAUGGCUGCAAUAUUCCCACAUGCCAUUCUAUUACACACAAAAUUCUAAAGAAGUUUUUUACUAUGAGGCUACGGACAUAUAGUAUUAAACGCUGUGAAGAUUUAGCACAUCUUAAUGGAAGGCGUUACGACAGCAAAACUAUGGCUAUGCAUGCUUCUGUGAAAAAGGUGUUUUCAUAA